CUUUUGGAAUUCAAAAGAGGAAUUUGUGGCACCUUCUGCCGCUGUUAAGUGUCUUAAGAUUGGGAGGAAGUCCUCGAGGGUUCUCGUUACAGGCGGGGAAGAUCACAAGGUCAAUCUAUGGGCUAUUGGUAAGCCCAACGCCAUCCUGAGCUUGUAUGGGCACUCGAGUGGGAUUGAUUCAGUAACGUUUGAUGCUUCGGAAGGCUUAGUAGCAGCUGGAGCUGCUAGUGGUACAAUUAAACUUUGGGAUCUGGAGGAGGCAAAGGUUGUCAGAACUCUCACUGGUCACAGGUCGAACUGCGUAUCUGUGAAUUUUCACCCUUUUGGUGUGGGAUUUGACUGCUGGAAAACUUUUGCAUGAGUUUAAGAGUCAUGAAGGGCAAAUUCAGAGUCUAGAGUCUGGAAACCAAAUGUCACAAUUAACCUAGUCGAUGACUUUACUCGCCGUUGCAACUUACUUGCCAAAGCGAAAAGCAGAUAAGAAGAAGAGUUUGUUGGGAAAUCCCAAAGACUCUGAUGAAUCCAAAGUUGAAGUUGAGGAGGUUGAUGGUAAGGACUCGGAUCUCAAGGAUGAGGGCCCUGUGGAAUGGGUAUCCUACUGGAAACCAAAUGUCACAAAUAACCUAGUCGAUGACUUUACUCGCUAUCCACAGCAUGGUGUACCACCAAACAUUGAUCCUUACUUACUGGUGGAACCUAGUACAGUAAACUACUACCCUACAGUUUUUUUCAAUGAGUUUUGGCUGCUAAGGGACAAGUUGAUUUUAAUCAAUGAGACGGUCUCAGAGCUGCCACUUAAUCUGGAAGUAAGCCCCAUAAGCAUGACAAAGUGGCAGCUGUUUCAGCAGAUUGAUCAGUCUUUCCAGAUUCACCGUAGCUAUGGAAGCAUGCUUGAUGUUGAAUCUGACGAACUAAAGAGGGUGUUUUUGGAAGGAAAUCCCUAUCUGUUGGGCGUCACAAUGUUGUUUCGAUGCUUCAUUCUGUAUUUGACUUCCUUGCAUUCAAAAAAUGAUAUCCAGUUUUGGAACAAGAACAAAUCUAUGGAAGGACUGUCUGCGAAGUUAAUUUUCUUAUGUCACAAUGUAUUUUCCUUUUUUUCUUCUAAAAGGCUGAUCUACAUCGUAGAAUGGAUGGAAGUGUCACUAGGAUAUCCUUUUUGAUGGGUGGGAACGCCGGAAGUGUCCCGGUGUCUGUGCGUUUGGCUGAAAAGUAUAUCCGACAAAUGAGCAAGAAAUUUCUUGGCGGCUGGAUGUCAUAUCUUGUUCGGGAUUUACUUCAGCAACAAGGUGUUCCACAUGCUCUUCAACCUGCAAUAGUUGAAAGUGUGAUUGAUGACAACCUUGAAGGCAUUCAUAAGAAACUUGGAGCCUGUGCUAAGACGGAGGCACAUGGGUACUCUAGGAGGCAGCCUGUCAUAUGGACACCAACUGAAAACCAAAUUUUUGUGAAGGAAAUAGGCAAUGCCUUGGAGAAAGAUUUUGAUGUUGAUGCUAUGAGCAACUUGCUGAAAUCUUGGAGAGAGUCUAAAGAUAAACUGGCUGCAUUAUGCACGGUCAUAUGCAACCAAUUUAUUUUCCAGAAAGAUCCCCCAAGUGUUUUUAUGUAUACAAAGAAGAUGGCGUACCUAGAUCCUCUCGUGAAAGGAAGAAAUGGAGGAAUGCUUGAUCUGCUGCAUGCGUUGGAGAAAUUCCUGAAAACACACCCUCAACCGAGGGGGCUGGAAGAUUUGUUGCUUGAUGGUUUCAUUACAACAUGGUAUUUAAGCGAGAAGGCGAUUCUGGAAUGGUAUGAAGAAGGUAGCAAAAGGGAUGGAAAUAAUGCUCGACUGUUUGAGUCUGUCAGACAUCUUGUACCUGAAGAGCCAGAUUAUGAUAUCUGGGCCGAAGAGUCAGAUUUUGAUUUCGUGGCUGAAGAGCCAAAUUUCGUUGACAUGAUUUGAGUAUGGAAGUAAGUGUGCAAUCGAUAUUAUAUUGUUGUCAUGAAUACUCAGAACACUACUUGUUUGACGUAUUCCUAGAGUAUCAAUUAUGCUUUUUUGCAAACUUUUAGAGAUACUAGAUUUUAAACCCACAGUACGCGUGUGUUUGUUCUAUAUAUUUUGAUAAAAUAUAACGAUUAAUGA